AUCACCACAAACCUCAACCGUCGACAGGAUCACCAACAAUCACCGCCGCGGAAAGAUUGCCCAUUAUACUCACACAGUAUAUCCAGUUAUAGAUGCAGCAAAACCCAAUCGUGCCCACACUUAUGGAUAAUGUUCCCAUCGCCCGGCUCGAAGAGCUGCAGACCCAUCUGCGGCAGCUUCAAGAAGACGACAGCCUUCAAAUUGAUGCCCGGUUGCUAGACGAAGUCGAGCUUCAGCUCACCGAGGACAACAUCCCGCCGCUUCUACCAACACUUCUUGGUCCUCUGACGGCCAUCCUCAAAACCACCACCCAAGAUCCCACGUCUGUCCUUAGCAUCACAAUCAAGCUUCUAUCCCCACUACCUUUUACUCGCUUGUUGACAAUUGCCGACCAGGAAUCCAUUCUAGCGGCCCUCAGCUCGCCUCUCCCUGGAGCCAACCUUCUUGCCCUAGCCAUCAUCCAUAAGGCAGCCAAGACCGCCGCCGAUGCCGCCAUCCUCAGCACCCUACCAGAGGUUGUCGAGGAACUGGUACGGCGAUGGCUGGACGCAAAGGAUGUUGGCGUUGGUGAAAAGGCGGCCAGGGUACUCGGUGACUUGCUUGAAACAGAUUGCGACAUUGUUGAGGCCCAGCCCGCCCCGACGAUAAACGGCACCACCGGACAGGAAGUUAUAAAGCGCCGUGUGCCGGGCCACGGCCGUCUUUGGCAGAUGAUCUUGUCGAAUAGAGAGUUCCUCACAUUAAUAGUCUCACUCUGUUCGCCAUCACCGGAAGACACAGAAUCGCCGCGUACGACAAAUCAGCAGUCACUCUCUCAAGGGCGAGUGCUUCGUCUUCUUCCUCGGUUGGCAACUCUUAACCUCCGCGCCAUCACACAACAGCCGCUCCCUGAUUUCUUCACUGCGGUGCAUGCGGAUGCAGGUGCUGGGCUGUUGCAAUGGGCUUCAUUCGAUAUGAUUGACAAGGAAGACAUUCUUAUGCGCCUUAGCGUCGUCGACUUUUUCGAAACUUUUGUCAGUAUCAUGAGGGUCACAAGGGUCACAACACCAGAUAAAGACGAAAUUGUAAAGAAGAUAGUCAAGGUGGCAGCGGAGAGUGAUGAGGAGCUGAAAUCUGCUCUUUUGGCUUUACCUGACCGAACGGUAGAGGAGGAAGCUGAGCCACUACGAGAAUAUAUUGCAAAGUUACUGAACUAGGCAGCCAAAAAGAUAUACAAACGAUAAUAUUCGUCGAUUUAUCCAAGCGUAGUAAAUAAUGGGCAAUAGAAAUUUCAAUUAUUGUAGCAUUGCGGGCUAUUGUCUAUCGCAACGCUCGCUUUUUUCAUGCAUGUGGUACAUACAAAAUUCGAUCUAACAGCCAAAGCAUAUUUUCCAUCCAGCGCCUAUAUACACUGGCAUUAUGUCUUCAGUCCUUCUUCUUUAGUAAAUAUUUGCCUGCAAGCUUAUAACAUCUUGCGAGCGGCGGCUUCUACGCCGUCCACAGCAGGGCCACCACCACCACCAGCAGAGCUGCUAACACUGGCCCUGCGAGCUUCUUCGACGUUUGUCAUGCCUUCAAUGCCGAGUGCAACCUCGCCAACUCGGCGCAGCACAGUGAGAAGCGCACCACGCAGGUCAGGCGCGAGGUCCUUGGUAAGGAGCUCUACGGAGAGUGGGUAGAAGGCAUUGAUAUGUGACUUGAAGGCGUCCUCAGGGAAUGUAGCAUAGCCCUCAAGGACAUCAACCACCACGGGCCGCCAGGCAGCAAUGUUGCGCUGCUGGCUCUCCUCAACGAGGCUCGAGUAGCCUGUAAUGAUGUCUUUGCACAGCGGUACAAGCGCUGCCUCAAUGUCAGGCCGGCUGCCCAGUCGCUCGGGGCUCUCGUCCGCAAACAUGCGGAACAGGAUGGAGAUGUACGUAGCGGCAGCACCAGACUCUUGCUUGAGCAGGUUGGGGGGCUGCUUCAUGAAGCCCUCGCGCCACAACUUCAUGCGUAGCUCCUUGUCUUCGUUAAAGCGGCGGGCAAACUGGAACGAGCGCUUGAGGAGCGCCAUCAGGCGCAGAAGCUCGUUAGACGGGAUGUUGGCGUACACUGUAUCAUUGCCAAAGAGCUCAUUGACAGUCUCAAUCAUGAGUAGCUGCAGUACACAGCGCGAAAUGAUCUUGUUGAAGAACCGGCGGCGCGCGGCAGUCACCACAACGGGUUGCUGCUGCAGGUUCGAGUUGGGCUUGAACUCUUCGAGCGGCGCCGAUAUCUCGCCGCCAACAGAACCUCGUCGGGCUUCGUCGUCAAAUGGACGAGGAGACAGGGGGCGGUUGGCCGAGUCACUAUCAGAAAUCACACUGAUAUUGUCGCCGUUGAUCUUUAGAGACUUCUCGUCAACAACUGGGGCGUCACCGGGGGGGCUGACGCCUCCUGAAAACUCAACACCGUUCGAGGCAGGAAUCGACAAGGAUCCUGGGCCAGCCACAUUGGCGGCUGUGAAGAGCUGAUAGGCGGUUGUACGCUCAAAUAGCUCGCAGAAGGCACCGACAAUCUUGUUCCAGUGAGCGGGCGUGAACUUCAUAACGUUCUUCAGAAUGAGUUGUUGCAGGCAGUUGCUGCCGAUUCUGGAGAUAGUAUCGUUUUCUUGGCAAAUACAGAGCUCAAGUAGUUCGAGGAAUCUGUCCAGCAUGUGCUCCAAGGCUUCAAAGUAGUGUGUGAACAGAGUAAUCAUCUGGCGAAGUGCCUGGAUCAUUGUUGUUGACAGCCAAACAGAGAGCUCCUCGUGAUUGAGAACGUUGGACAUUUCAGGACGAGAGCGUAGCACCAUGAAGAUGGGGUACAGUUGCUGCCGCCAUAGGAUGUCCCAGAACUCAGGUGUGAAAUCACCGCCGUAUUUCAUCAGAGCGGCAAAGAAGUAGUCCAGUGCGUUGGAGCGGACCUCGAGAUCUUCGCCAGUCAUGAGUACAUCAUGGAACGCAAACAGGACGGGGAACCAGUAUCCUUCUUCGACUGAGGUACGAGGGACAACCCGUUUGCCCUCAUCGCCAUCAUCUCCUGUCUUAGUGUCACUCUUCUUCUGGUAUUGAGAGAGUGGGCACUCAGGUGUCUUGAGCAUUGUGGGAAUAAUAGACUUGAGGAGCUCAAGGGCGUUGAGGCUCUUCUUCUGGAACUUGAGGUUCUUGGAGAACUCAGUUAGACAGACAAUCAAAUCCGUAAAGGCUCCUUGGGCAAUGACCACGCCAAACUUCUCUUUGUACACUUGGGAAACGUUUUCGUACGCAAGGUACACAAUGCUCUCAUAGGACUCGCGAGCGGCAACGGUAAAAACGCCAAACAUAGUUCGCCAACCAGAGCGAAUGUUAUCGCCCUUGGCCUGGAUCAUUUGAAUAAGACAGCGAAGAACCAAGUCCUUCACUGUAACGUUGUGAGAGUUGGCAAGGACGUGUUCAAACGGCUUGAGGAAGUCUUUUUGGAACUUGAAACCAGCGAGCUCUUCAAUCUCCAUGAAGCGCAUCGACAGCUGUCGUAGCGAAUCCAGUGCAAAGAAGACAAUGUUCAUGUUGUUGUGGCAGCCAACUUGGUUGAAGUGUUCGCCCAAAACACCCCAGAUAUUGCUCCACUCGAAUCUGACACGGUUCAUGUUGUAGUAACUGAUUUCGACAAUCUUUUGCAGACUGUAGGUGCGCGUGGAGUCAUUGGAGCCGGACACCUUGAUUUCAUCCCAGCUCACCUCCGUCAAGGCUUUGGCAAAGAACACCAUGGCUUCACCGCUGAGAUUGGCUGUGUUUGUGAAGAUGCGAUCAACACUGCGAACAACCUCGUCUGAGCGACUCUCCAAGGCAAUCUCAGUGGAGAAGCCCUUAGGUCCGGUGCCGGAUCUUUGACGGGGUCUUCGAGAAGAUGUUGAUGGUCGAGGGUCAGAGUCUGUUCUUGAGGGUGGCACGAAGCGGGCCUUGGAGACGUCUGGAAUGGCGCUCUCAUCAACGCCUCCAGAGAUAAGUUGCAGUCUGUCGAGUUGGCUAAUACACAUGAGAAUAUCUUUCCAUGACUCUCUCAAGAGGUUGCCCUCCGUCUGGGCAAGGUCAAGAAUGACCUUGAGCGCCUCGAUGUUGGUGGCUAACAUCUCCUGCGGGUUAUUCAGGUUGGUUGUGUUUUUCAAUGCCGAGAUAAAGGCCUCACGGGGUGUUGAGAGUUCAAAGGUACAGGCUAUCUUGGUGGCAAGGCGCAUACCCUCGAGGCAGAGCUUGUUCACUUCAAUGUUAUGAGACCUCUGGAGCUGCGCAGAGAGUGCGGAGAAAAGUGACAUCCAAGUAACAUCAAACAUUGGGCCGACAUGCUUAAAGGACGUGGCUGGAAUGAACUUGGGUCCAGUCUUGGCUGCAUUUCGACGCUGGCUUUUGAAAAGGUUCUUGAACAGUUGCUCGGAGCGGAGUGAGAUUUCCUCGGAUUGGGCCAUGUACGCCUCGCGUUGCAAGUCUCUGCCAACGUUGGAAAAGGCUUGACCGAGACCAGCGGCUAGACCUGUAGUCUGAGCAGGGGCCGUGCCUGCUGCAGCCGCAGCCUCUCUUUCACUGGUGAGAACAAUCUCAUUGCCGGCAAUUUCGUCGUAGAUGCCCAGAAGAUAUUCAUCGGGCAAAUCAGCAUUAUCGUUGAUACCGCGGUUAUUCUUGAUGAAUUCUUCUUUUGUCAUGCGCUUGGCAAUCUUGCUGCUAUGCAGAUCCGUGUUGAGAAGAAUAACGGAAUAAGCAAGCACAUAGGCAGUGUCGGCGUUUGCAAAGGCAUUGGGAUUUCCUAGGACAUAGCGCUCAGCAAACUUCAACAUGAAGCGAUCAAUCUUCUGGGCUUCACCGGGCAGUCUGAAGGACUGCAGAAAUUGGCGGAGGGCAUCGACGAAGCGUCUCUUAGUAAACUCCAUCGAGUCAACAAAUGCGUGCAUGAUGUCAAUGUUGGCUUGGUCUCCUUCACCGAGAUAUUCACCAAUCUGAGCCUUGUCAAGCUUUUCUUCUUUAAGCAGGAAAGCCGCGAUAUCGACAGGCUUAGAACUAGCAAUAAAACCGUCGCGGAUCAACAUCUUGAUACCAUGCUUAGGUUUGAAGUUGAAUUGCCGAAUGGCAUUCAUGAGCGCCGUCUUGCGUGCCUUAUCUUUUUCCAGCUGCGCAGGGUCGUCAUCCAGAACUGGAGUAGAUGGCGGGAUAGGAGUUUCAAUACGAGAGUUGCUCUCACUUGCCGUAGGAUCGAUCGAUGCACGCAAUUCGUCUGUCGACGCCUUGUAAUCAGCUCCCUCCUUUCGUAUCGUGUUGACGUCGGGUCGAACUGCAGCAGACCAGUUGACUAGCGAGCGAAGAGCCUCAACCAACGCUUCCAGGGAAGCGCGUUUCAUGGCAUACUCCUUAGGAUAAUCAGGCUCGGCCUCUUGCUGAGGCAUAAUCUGAGCUACUGUCAAGGACGGGGGAAGAAUUCCUUUGAGCUGCCAUUCGCUUGCAGGAGUAGCUCGUAGUCGUGAUUCUUCGUAGGCCUGUUCGUUUACAGGCGUAAUUGUGACAGGGACAGUUGCAAAUUUGGAUAAAUCUUCAAUGAUGGUCUGAUAAAUAUUCUCCACACUCUGGUCGCAGUCGUAGUUGAGGUAGAUUUCGACAAGGGCUCGUGGGUCGGCGCAGAGUCGGUUGAGGAUGUUGAUAAAGUAGAGCUUUUGCGUCGACGGCGCGUUUCUUUGGGACAACAGUGCAAGGUAGAUUUCCUUUAAUAUAAC